CCCUGCUCGUUCUCAACCAAGUCUCACCUCACCUCAGUCCACAUCAAUGGCCCCUGAGCCAGCAGCCACAACUCCACAACCACACCAGUUCCCUUCCGUUCCUUUCGUGAGUUUCUCAUUUCUUUUCUUUAUAAUAAGGCUGGGGGACAGUGAAGAAGACGGAAGUAGGAGUCGCGCAGUGAAGAGUGAAGAACCCAAAAGGGUCGUACUUAUCGUUUCCACCAAUUUUGGUUUUGUCGUCAAUUGUUUUGCAAGAGGCGAUGAAGAAAUAGGAAGGAUAAAAAAUAGAGCCAGAGAGAGCCGUUUCCGUGUGCUAUCCGUGUUCUUUGUCCCUCUGCUGUAGACAAUUUUAAUUUCCCUCCUUGUUUUACAGCUUUCUAGGGCUUUCGAUGUUACUGCUACUAUAAUACGCACCUCACGUAGACACAUACAAACCACGUCCUUUCCUUUCUCUCUCUGUUUCAGCUGCAAUCCGGCCCCUGUCUCUCUCUCUGCUGCGCCCAGCUGGUUUCUGCAAUCUGGAUAACAUUCUGAGCUCAACGCACAGACUGGUAUGUCUACUCUACAACUACCUGUUGCAAAUAUGAAGGAUUACCCUCGCCGCAUUUCCCUUUAUUCAGUUGGUUUAAACUGAUUUCCCAAAAGAAGCCGUGUUUUCUCGAAAUGGGUUCGUGGCAGAACUUGUUCAUCGAAUCUGCACAUCAUCUGUUUGUAGAAAUGCCUGUGUGGACCAGAAAUCUCCUUACUUUCUUUUGUUUCUACUUUUAUCUUCCAUCUUAUUGUCCGUCCCUAACUAGCUUGCUCCAAAGCAAUUUCACUAAACCACGAAAAACAAAGACAGCUGUGUGGGAGCUUGACAUCCUUUUCUCCGAUUGCAUUUUUGGUUACUAUUGGUUCUUUCCGCUGCGUUUUCCAAUGGCGGGAUUCUGUUUUCUUGUGGCAGGGGGAAGGUUGUGAAGUAAAAUUCUUUGUUGGGGCUUCUGGAUAGAAGCUGACAUCCACACAACUCUGGCCGACUCGGAAGAGAUAUCCAUUGUUCCAACCGGAAAAGGCUUUCAGCUUCCCAUUUCCCGUGUUCGAUCACCCAGUGCCGUCGUUGUCGGGUCCUUGCUAUGGUGUCUUCCCGUUGAUUAUGGCUAACUUGUGAUCAGGCUGUUUGUGGGAUGUGACUCGUUUUUACCGUUCUUCAAUCAGCAGCUGUAGGAGAUGUGAGUUCUUCAUUAGUUAAAAGAAACCGAGGAGUAGUAGAAGAAGAGAAACUGUGAAGAAAGUUGAACUCGGGAGAAGGAAAAAUUGAGAACUUUCAGUCAAGGACAGGAAGAGUGGUUUAGGAUGGCGAAAUUUAACUGCUUUUCGAAGAUGUGUGGACACCGACACAAGGGUGGAAAGGUAUCAUCCAAGGCUCUGGAGUUCAACAAGGCGCUGACGAACUUGCAGGUCAGAGUUGAAAAGCCUUUCAAGAGCGAUGAUGAGACUAAAAUGGCUUCUUGCAAUCUCUCGGUUCCGCAUGAUGUGCAGUAUGAUUCCCUGAAUGUCAAGGUGAUGAUGACCCAUGAGACUGCUGGUGAGAAGGAAGAAGCAUCCUACGAAGGGGGAGAUGAGCACGAAGAGAAUGUCUCCUUCAGAAGGGACUUAUCUGACCUUGAUCUCCAAUCCCGCCUGCCUAAUUCUGGUGAAGAAGAAGAAGAGCUCAUCCCAACUCCUAGAAGCCAGACUUUGGUUCACUCUCACUCCGUUGAAGAUGUGAUUGAUUUAGGCCGAAGUGGGCAUAUCAGUGAUCCAGGGAUUGGGAAGGCUCCAUUUUGGGGCUCCCCUAAGCUUAAGCGCUCAUGCUCCAACCUCGAAACCAGCAAAGUUAUGAGACAAGUGGCAAAUUCUCCAUGCUCUGGGGAAUCACAGGAACUGCCUGCAAAUUUUUGGUCAGGCAGCCCUCCAGUUUCUGUAGCUAGCCGUCAUAGUGCAGACAGAGUGAUGUUGAGAAAACACUCAUCGAGUCAAAUUCUGCCAUCACGAAGUAGAAGGCUUUGGUGGAAACUAUUUCUCUGGAGCCAUAGGAACCUCCAUAAACCUUCAACUGCAAAGCCAGAGCAAUUUGCUGCUGCCUCAAACCAACCAGGUGGUGGGUACUCGUCAGAUACACUUGAACCAAGCAAAGGUCAGUCACGAGCGGAAUCCUCACACAAGAACCACAUAAAUCAUGAAGUUGGCAAACACAAUUGGGAUGGCUUUCAAAACCACUGGGUUGCAAACACUUUUUCAGUUGAUUCAUCGUCGCCCUUAGCUAGAGUAGACAAAUGGGUGCAUAAUAUCGACAUCGAACCCCUGCCUGAAAAUCAUCAUGAUGACGUUGAUGACGGCAUUGUUUAUCCUCCUUCCCCUGAGGAUCAUAGGUUUCAAGUUGCUCAUGUAUCAGAAGACAUUCUACAUGCAAACGGUGUCAUCCUGUCUCUGAACUCUUCAUCAACUGUGGCUCACAUUUCUGGAACAGGGUUAAAAGUCAUUCCGUCCUUGGCACCUUUCACCAGUCUUCGCACAGUCAACUUGGCAAACAAUUACAUAGUCAGUAUCACUCCAGGAUCAUUGCCAAAGGGACUUCACGCGCUUAACCUGUCGAGGAACAGGAUUAAUGCUGUUGAGGGACUGAGAGAAUUGACUCGAUUGCGGGUACUGGAUCUUAGUUACAAUCGCAUCUCUCGAAUCGGGCAAGGGCUUUCGAACUGCACUCUAAUCAAGGAACUCUACUUAGCUGGGAACAAAAUUAGUGACGUCGAGGGACUUCACAGACUCCUGAAGCUCACAGUGCUAGACCUCAGCUUCAACAAGAUAACAACAUCGAAAGCUCUCGGUCAGCUUGUCGCCAACUACAGUUCCCUCCAAGCACUGAACCUCUUGGGGAAUCCAAUUCAGACGAAUAUCGGCGAUGACCAGCUCAGGAAAGCGGUUUAUGAUCUACUCCCUAAGCUGAAGUAUCUAAACAAGCAAUCCAUAAAGCCACAGAGAGCAAGGGAACUGGCGACCGACAGUGUGGCAAGGGCUGCACUCGGUUCUAGCAGCAGCAGGGGUUUCCAUCGGCGAAGGUCUACGAGGAGGGCAACGGAUUCUGCUGGUUCUUCGUCCUCCCCAGUUGGACGCAGGAGUAUGGCAACUAGUGGUGGUGGUGGUCAGAGAAGCAAGAGCAUUGGUAAAAGCCGCGCCCAUAUAUCUAACGGAAGGGCUGUGACGUCGUCUACUCCUGCUUCUUCAUUCCGAUCCAGAGCCUGAACGACCAUUUUUCCUUGGAUUGCGGUAAACGAUCUUCUUUGUACGUUCAUGUGAGUCCCUCGAUGUUAUUAUAUCAUACUCUCCGUUCAUAUGGGAUGUUAGUAAAUUUUGAUCUCCUCUCGAUUCUACCGAGAAGUGCAAUAAAAUGGUGGAGCUGACUUUGAGUGUGCUGUGUGCAUAUUUUUGCUUUUACAGUUACGACUUACGACUACAAGUUGAGUUGAUUUAGAUUUUAGAUUUAUAAGAGAAAGUUUUCUUGUAUAAUAAAUUUCCAGCAAUUCUCGAACCGUUCUCGAUGUAUGUAAAAAGUUAUAUUUUUUUCUCUGAUUUAUUAAUAAAGCGCCAUGAUUCACAAUAGUUUUUAAUACUUCUAUUUUAGUUCUUUUAAUUUUCAAUUUUUUAUAAUUUCCUCUUAUUUAGAACUUCAUCCUUAACAAAAGUUCAGCCAAUUCUUCUCUGAUAAAUAAAAAGCCAUUUAAUUU